AUGUUUCAAACCCAACACUUCGCUUUCAGUGUACUUCUACUCGUUCAAAUCAUUCCCACCUGGUGCCAGCAGUUUUACGGAAUCUCCCUAGCCGGCCAGCAGCAGGUUGGCAAGAAAAAGCUGCUCAUCCACCACAUUGGCCAGUGUUCCGACCACAAAGAUCUUCCCAUAUUCUUGCCGGACAUGCGGAUAGCGGCGCUCAAUUCCACCACCAGUGCCGUCAGCGGAACUGUCCACUUUCGGGAGGACUUUCCCACCGGGUGGGACGUGGCGGUGUCGAUUCGGAAGUGCGACAACUUCCGACCGGACGCCGAUUGUCGUCCCUUUAUGAACCACCUGGUCAGCAUGAACCAGUGCACGAUGAGUCGACUGUUUGGUGACGUGGCGUACAUGAAGUACUUGAAGAACUUGCAACCGAGGGCGGAGUGUCCGUUCCGGAAAGGGAACUACACGUUUGGGGAAACUCCGGUGGACGAUGAGUUGGUUAGGUUUCUACCAGGAGUUGGUGCAACGUAUUGGACAGUUGAUAUGAUUGGAAAGAUUGAUCAACGAGUGGUGCUCUGUGUAUCGGUGCAGAUGAAUGUAAAACCGAAGAAAAAUGUGAAGAAUGUAUCCUAA